CGAGAGCGCGUGGCGGCGGCGACGCGCUCGGCCUGAUUUACGGCUGUGCUGCAAACGGCUCCCCCGCCGCCGCCGCCCCGCCGCCCCCGGCACCGCCGCCAGCAACAAGUCGGGUGAGUGAGGCCCCGCGGGGGCCGCGACCUUGCGGCCGGCUGAGGUCCUGCGCCGAGCCGGGGCCCGGCCCCGCUCCGCCCCGGCCAAGGCCCGAGCGGAGCCGCGUCGCGUCGCCGAGGCCCUGCGGCUGGCCGUGCCGGGCGGGCGCCUCCCCGGGCGGAGAUGGCGCGGUACCCCUGAAUAAACACCCGGAAAGUUUCCUAAGUUCGCCGGCGGGCCUGCCGGGCUGCCCCGGCCCCGGGCGGGCGCGGACGCGGGCUGCUUCCUCCUGCCCAGGGCCCGGCGAGGAAUGCAACAGACGGCCCGGGAUGAAGGCAGGCAGCCCUGGCAGGAGCCGCUCGGCAGCGGCAGCGUCUGCCUCCCGUUCCGCUGCCCGCGAUGCGGCGACCACACCAGGUUCAGGAGCCUCUCCUCUCUGCGGGUGCACCUGGAGUACAGCCACAGCUACGAGGAGAGAAGCCUCCUGAGCAAGAGCAGCCCAUUCUCGCCCCUGAAAGACGCGGAGCUGCUGUCCCCGCCGGAGCCCGCCGGCCAGGGCAGCCUGGGCAGCCCCGUACAGCAAAAACGGUCCUACCUGAAUUUCUGCGAUGCGUCCUGCGAGAGCGCAAAGCGCGGGCAGGCUCUGGAGGUGGAAGCCGAGCGGCCCGUUUCCUACGUUGCAAACUAUGUGUCGGCUGACUCUCCCGGCGAGCAGGUUUCUAAACUCGGCCUCCCGGCCACUGACUCCAAAGCCUCCUUCGAGGCACACGUCCGAGAAAAGUUUAACAGGAUGGUAGAGGCCGUGGACAAAACGAUCGAGAAGCGGAUCGACAAGCUUACCAAAGAGCUGGCGCAGAAGACGGCGGAGCUGCUGGAGGUGCGGGCGGCGUUUGUGCAGCUGUCCCAGAAGAAGCAGGAGGUGCAGCGGCGGGAGCGGGCCCUGAGCAGGCAGGUGGACGUGGCGGUGGAGAUGAUCGCAGCCUUGAAGCAGCGCCUCACCGAGUCCGAGGAGGAGCUUCACCGCAAAGAGGAAGAAGUUGUUACUUUCAACCACUUCCUGGAAGAAGCAGCAGAAAAAGAAGUGCGGGGGAAAGCCAGGCUCCAGCACUUCAUUGAGAACUUGUUGCAGCGCGUGGAUCUGGCAGAAAGGCAGCUAGAGUAUUACCAAAAUCAGCAGAUGGUGUGCAACCACACCGACGUCAGUGAGCACAUGUUUACAGACAUUUCAUUAAAUAAGAAACCCAGAUGCCUGAGCCGAGGAAGUCAGCACGCUUCGUAUCAUAUCCCUGACACAAAGCCUCAUUCCUUUCAAAAAGGAAGAAUCUUGUUGAAAAAGGCAAAGGAUGAAAGAACCAGCUUGCAGCCAGUGAAAUGCCUCUACGAACCUGUUGAUUACCCAAGAGAAAUAUGGAGAGCACAAAAGAAAGGUGAACCAGUCUGCUCUGGCAGGAAAGUGAGCGCAAAAUCAAAGACGGGUAAAAAGAGCAAACAGCUAUAGGAAUGGUCAGCAAUACAUAGUCAUGCAGGAGCUUGGCUUCAACAGAACAAAUAUUGAAUGAAAUUAGUCAUCCUACUUUUCCCUAUCCAUCUGGCUGUGCCAAAACAUCAGAUAUAAUAUAUAUAAAUAUAUACAGUAUGGAAGACUUAUAUUAUUUAGUAGCGCCUUUCCCUCUUUGGGCGCUAUAAGAGAAGUGACAUUUUAUUCAGUUUACAUGGAAGUUUUUCUAUUUAUUUAUUUAUAGAGCUUCUUUUCAAUGACUGCAGUUAUCUUGCUGGGCAGUACUGUGGCUGUAAGUUCAAUUAUUUUAGUGGCAGCAUGUGGCUUGGUAAUUUAUUUUCCAUCUGUGCUGUUGCUAAAGUUCAGAAGAAUCCAUUUAAUGGGCACCUAAAUAUUCAGUCUUUCAUCUUAGGUAAGGAUAAGAUCAAUGACUGUUACCUGCACAGACAUUCUUAGAGGCAAAAGGUCUACUGGACCUGCUCUAAGCUGUUGAGCACGUUUCCCUAUUUUACUACAUCCAUUAGACCGCUCGAUCCUGGCAGCAGCCACGUGGUCAUUUGGUCCAAGUUUGGGCUGCUCCAGUGUCUCAAGCCCAGCUUUCAAAUCCCAGAAGCUUUCUGGCUUUGCCAUACAUACCAGCUUCUGGUGUCACUUAGUGAGGAGACCAGAAGCUGGUAUCACAGCCCUGACAAGCAUGGAGUGCACUGAGCCCAAGGAGGAAUUUCAGUACCAAAUGCCAGCAUCAGGUUGUCAGCUGUGGCACAGAAGUGAAAGGCUAAAGUGACACGUUACAUUGCAUGGCACCACGCUGCAUGCCUGUGCUUGGUUUUAGGCAUGAGAGGCCUAAAAUGGCUAUGAUCUUAACUGGGAACCUUCAUGUUUCAGUCUCUGAAGAAUCUUUACAGGGCUGAGAGAUCCCCAAACUUCAACUAAAAACCCAAGAGCAAGGAAGUUAGAAACAAAUACAGGACAGAAAUCUGUGUGUUUACGUUGGUUUGUGCCAAUUAAAAGGAUCCUUAUUUCUCAGAGUAUUUAUCAAGAUUUUCUGUGUGUACAGCUUUUUGGUAACAUGAAUCCUCAUGCCAUGUUUACAGAUAAAAACAUCUUGUCAAUGUUACUGAUGAAAUGUGUUUUCUCAAGAAAAAGAAAAGAUAGGUGAGACAAGUCUGUAUCAUUUAUUUUUUAAAUGCUCAUAACUGAUGUAAAUUGUUUAUGUGGAAAGUGAUUUUUACAGUAUGUGUACAAAGAUUUGUGACAAAUGUUUUUCAUUUUUUGUAACUCUUGACUGUAAGAAGAACUGAGCAUUAAAAGACAGUGUAUCACUAUGAUUACUGCUGCAAUAAGCACCCGAGUUGCAAUAUUUUUAAAGCAGAGGAUGGCCGAUCAGUCAGCUAGGAUCAGGUAACUACAGAUGUCAUACAUUUGUCAGUGUACAGAGCUCCCAGAAAGUAGCAGAGUGAAGAAAAAGAGUAUAUUAUUUCUCAGUUCUAUUUUAAAUAAUGUAUAUGGAAUCAGAUAUAUGUUUAAAGUUCCUUAACACUGUUGCAGUAGAAAGUCACAGUGUAAAACCAAUUCAGGUAUUGAGGCUGUAAUGACAUUUUACUAUUUAUUUAACUACAUCACAAGGCCACACUUGGUCUUACACCAGGCAUUGUGUGUGGUGAAAAGGAGUUAUUAGUUGUGUUGCAUGGACUUGGGUCAGAUCGUGUGUUAAAACAACUUUCUUAAGCAAGCCACAAAAUAGAAACAUCCUUGAGUUCUUUCUGUUUCUUCCCACAUCCUUUUACAAGCCUGAAAAAAAUGACCCUUUCUGAAGAGAAUAAAGGUGAACUUUAGAAAGAUAACAAAGUGAAAUAUAUUCAUCCUUCCCUUGUCCACUUGACACUGAAAGAAUAUUUUUAUUUAUAAAUGCCUAUCUGCUCUGUUAGCCACCAAAGUUAAAUGUAAGUACUAGUUCACAAUGAGAUGUUUAUUUUAUUAUUUAUUGCGUGAAAAUCUUGACUGUAAGUUGACCUUUUUGGGGAGUAAGGAAAAAAAAGGGUAAAAGACGUUGCAUGUUCUUAAACUUUUCAAAGCCUAAGUUAACAGUUACUUACUGAACAUAUGCCAGGUUAGUUAAUUAGAAAGAAAUUGGAUCGGACUGUAACCCCAGAUAAAAGUUUUUAGAUAAUAAAGAUAA